AUGGCAGCUGUGGCGCAUCCUACGCGACCACAUAUAAGACGAAACUCUCCACUGGCUAUACAUCGUGAUGGCGGCAUGCUCAAGGAAGUGCCGACGCGAAGAGGCUUUAAGAUGGAGGACAGUGACUCGGACGAUGAGCCACCACCUGCGAUCAAGUUCUCGAAGGUGACACAGGCCCUUCUGGCAAAUGCGCCUGUGCCAUCAUCACCACUACGGCAAGGGCAACAUAAUGAAGCACCCCGCUUCGAUCGCUCUGUCAGUGCGAAUAAAGCUGGUCUGGAUACACCUAGUAGAGCUCCAGGCCUGAAGAUUGUGCGCAAAAGCUCGCCAUCGGUGCUUGGUCAUGAUCGAGGUCAAACACCACCACGAAUUGUGCAAGUCGGCAAACCUGGAUCUGGAGCACGAAGUAUCAGUAUAUCCGGACCAUAUCCGCAGCGCUAUGCAAUGAAGCACGAACCUACGCCCGAAGAACAGAAUAGAUAUGCCAGCGAUCAUGCCAGAAACACAUCAAUGCAGCAUGCGCCGGAAACUGUAACCAGAUACGGACCUGGAACCAUAGGACGAUCGCGAAAUCCCUCGGCAGACCCUCCUGUUCCACCAGGAUCGCAGAGAGUGAAACGCGCGCCGCUUGGCACUGGCACCUUCCUAGGUGGCAAAGCACGCCGAUUCAAGCGCAGAGACAGUGAAGACAAUGUGUCUCCGGUGGACGAUGUUCACAAUGGUUCAGCAUCUCAGCCCAGCACUGCCGGCUAUACUCCACAUGAUCGGAGCACGUCCGGCACAGAUGGCGUGCAAAGCCGGAAUGACAGUGUCAAUACUCGUGCAACCUCGGUGGAGCCUGUGUCCGCACACGACUUUGCUUCGCGGAACGAUGGUGGACGCGAGCUACGGCAUGCAAAUGCAAACUUAUCGCGUAGCCAAAUGAGUGACGGAUCGAGACCACCUUCGCGCCAGACCAGCCGGGAGCAAUUACGGAGCAGGCAGCCAAGCGUAGAGCCAUAUCAGCGGCGAAGACCGAGCAUCCCAGCUGCUGAUGCAGUGCCGGCAGCCUCAGAUCAUCAAUCACGACAACCGGGCUCAGACGUGCUUGCAGCGAGACCAGCACAGGAGCAGAAGCCACCACAACGAGUGCCGAGUCUAAGUAGAGCACAGUAUAGAUACGCAGCACCAAAGGUCCAUACCGACGCUUCUGAAGACCAGGAAAACAUGCCUCCCCCGACCUUCAAGCGCAACAAGGACCAGGACUUCAAAGUAUUCGGCCAGAGACCCAUCAACAUACUCUCAGACGACGAGAAGCCAAAGCCUCGAAUGGUUGAGGAAACACCAGUACUAGUGCAACAGCAGGAAAGAAAAGCUCUUGGCGCCAUUAGUGGCAAUACACCACAUCGCCCAGCCCCAGCACCACCACCAAAGAUGUCCGUCCUCGAAACAGCAACCACAACAGCCGGAGCCAGUGUCACAAAGUCGAAGAAAAAGCGUUCUCACAUAGUAGUGAAUGGCAAGAUCUUCACCCAGAUGGGCAAAAUCGGCAAAGGUGGCUCCAGCGAUGUCUUCUGCGUGAUGGCGGAGAAUUAUAAGACUUUUGCUCUGAAAAGAGUGAAGCUCGACGACUGCGACGAGAGUGCCGUCCGAGGCUACAAAGGCGAGAUCGAUCUCCUCAAAAGCCUGUCGGAGGUCGAGAGGGUCGUGCGAUUGUUCGACUGGGAACUCAACGACGAGAAACAAGAACUCCUCGUCCUUAUGGAGAAAGGCGAGUCGGAUCUCAACCGUACUCUGAGCCUCCGCCUCAACGCCCUAGACGCCAAAUUCGAUAGCGCCUUCGUCCGCUAUCACUGGCGCGAAAUGCUGGAAUGUGUCCAAGCGGUCCACGAUCAUGAUAUCGUGCACUCGGACCUCAAACCCGCGAACUUCCUCCUCGUCUCCGGUCGACUGAAACUCAUCGAUUUUGGGAUCGCGAAUGCCAUCGAUACGGACAACACAUGUAAUGUCCACCGCGAGAGCCAUGUGGGAACGCCAAAUUAUAUGUCUCCGGAGAGUAUCACCGAUACGAAUGCGCCGCAACCAGGUAUGAGCCGCGAUGAGAAGGGUAGGCCGUUGAAUCAGAAGAAGGAUAUGAGGAUUGGAAAGGCAUCGGAUGUGUGGAGUUUGGGCUGUAUUCUUUACCAGAUGACUUAUGGACGGCCACCUUUUGCGCAUAUUCCCAACCAGAUCUCUCGGAUUAUGGCUAUCACGAACCCCGCGCAUGUAAUCGAAUUUCCUUCCACUGGUGUUGGAAACUCCUUCAUACCGCCACCGCUCCGUGGCUUGCUUCGGCGGUGUUUGAACAGAGAUCCAGAGAAGCGGCCGCUGAUCAAGGAGAUGCUGGAUGACAAGGACGCUUUUCUGAAUCCAGAUGGUUGUGGUGAUGUGGUUCUCAUGACGGAGGGCUUGCUGGGACAAAUUAUUGAGAAGGUUGUUGAGAGGUGUCGGGAUCCAGCUAGGGGGGUGCCGGAGAGUCAGGAGGUGUCACAGUAUCCGAGGAGCUUUAUGGGGAAGAUUCGCGAGAUGCAGGCUGGUGGAUGA